ACCGGAUGAUCACUCCAUCGCGGAGUCAUGACAACGAAAGGUAUUGUUGGAUGGACACAGCGAGUGAGCUGGACACCUCUCCUCCUCUGCACCCCCCAGAUGCUCCGAGUAAUGAAGUGGCUUAUAAGGUCUAGAACUCUCUACCAAAGCUUUCUCUCAUGAAGAAGCAUAUGCUAAGACGAUCUCGUCACUUCCCGCCGACUCUCAUCUUGCGGUACGGCUGUAUCCGGCCAUCGUCAACAUCCUUGAAGAUGUCUACCGCCUUGGUUUGUGACUUUAAACAUCUGGCACGCGGUGAUGUCGCGCUGGUCGGCGGGAAAAUCUCGUCCUUGGGCGAGAUGAUCAGCCGUCUCGCAAGCCAGGGCAUUCCCGUGCCGCCUGGUUUGUUGGCGGAAUGGCAGGCCGGGCGCGAGACCCUUGCCAAGACGGGCCGGGCAGUCCGUCGAUUGUUCAUCCGCGGCGAGUGGCCGGCUGAUGCGGGGCCGCCAUCACCACCGCCUACAAGAAGCUCUCAGCCGAGGCUCGGAUUGAUAACCUGCCUAUUGCCGUCCGGUCUAGCGCGACGGCUAAGGAUCUUCCUGACGCUAGCUUUGCCGGCCAGCGAGAGUCGUACUUAA